AUGGACAAGAUCCUGGAGGCCGUGGUGACAUCAUCAUACCCGGCGAGCGUGAAGCAAGGGCUCGUGCGGCGCGUGCUGGAGGCGGCGCGGCAGCCGCUGGAGCGCGAGCAGUGCCUGGCGCUGCUGGCGCUGGGUACGCGCCUCUACGUGAGCGGCGCCGACGAGCUGCCCCGCCGCGUGGGCUGCCAGCUGCUGCACGUGGCCGGCCGCCACCACCCGGAGGUCUUCGCCGAGUUUUUCAGCGCGCGCCGCGUGCUGCGCCUCCUCCAGGGAGGCGCCGGGCCGCCGAGCGCCCGCGCGCUGGCCUGCGUGCAGCUCUGCCUGCAACUGCUGCCCGAGGGGCCCGGAGCCGACGAGGUGUUUGCGCUGCUGCGGCGCGAGGUGCUGCGCACGGUGUGCGAGCGCCCGGGCCCCGCGGUCUGCGCUCAGGUGGCGCGGCUGCUGGCUCGGCACCCGCGCUGCGCCCCUGACGGCCCUCACCGCCUGCUCUUCUGCCAGCAGCUUGUGCGCUGCCUCGGCCGCUUUCGCUGCCCGGCCGAGGGGGAGGAGGGCGCUGUGGAGUUCCUGGAGCAGGCCCAGCAGGUGAGCGGGCUCCUGGCGCAGCUGUGGCGCGCGCAGCCUGCCGCCAUCCUGCCCUGCCUCAAGGAGCUGUUCGCCGUUAUCUCCUGCACAGAGGAGGAGCCACCGUCUAGUGCCCUCGCCAGUGUGGUCCAGCACCUCCCACUGGAGCUCAUGGAUGGUGUCGUCCGGAACCUCAGCAAUGAUGACAGUGUGACGGACUCCCAGAUGCUGACUGCCAUCAGCAGGAUGAUCGACUGGGUGUCCUGGCCCCUGGGGAAGAAUAUUGACAAGUGGAUCAUUGCACUGCUGAAGGGUCUGGCCGCUGUUAAGAAGUUCAGCAUCUUGAUCGAGGUUUCACUCGCCAAAAUUGAGAAGGUUUUCUCCAAGCUUCUGUAUCCCAUUGUCCGGGGUGCUGCCUUGUCCGUCCUCAAGUACAUGCUCCUGACCUUCCAGCACUCCCAUGAGGCCUUCCACCUGCUCCUCCCUCACAUCCCCCCAAUGGUGGCAUCUCUGGUCAAGGAGGACUCCAACUCGGGGACCAGCUGCCUGGAGCAGCUGGCGGAGCUGGUCCACUGCAUGGUGUUCCGGUUUCCCGGCUUCCCGGAUCUGUAUGAACCCGUCAUGGAGGCCAUCAAGGACCUCCAUGUUCCCAGUGAGGACCGAAUCAAGCAGCUGCUGGGGCAGGACGCCUGGACCUCACAGAAGAGUGAGUUGGCUGGCUUUUAUCCCCGGCUCAUGGCCAAGUCAGACACGGGCAAGAUUGGUUUAAUCAACCUGGGCAACACGUGCUACGUGAACAGCAUCCUUCAGGCCUUGUUCAUGGCUUCCGAUUUCAGACACUGUGUGCUCCGUUUGACCGAAAACAACUCGCAGCCCUUGAUGACGAAGCUGCAGUGGCUCUUCGCCUUCCUGGAGCACAGCCAGCGUCCUGCCAUUUCUCCAGAGAACUUCCUGUCUGCAUCCUGGACACCCUGGUUCAGCCCCGGCACCCAGCAGGACUGCUCGGAGUACCUGAAGUACCUGCUGGAUCGGCUGCACGAAGAGGAGAAGACCGGGACGAGGAUCUGCCAGAAGCUCAAGCAGUCGAGCUUGCCCUCGCCGCCCGAGGAGCCCCCCGUCCCGAGCGCCACCUCCGUGGAGAAGAUGUUUGGGGGCAAGAUCGUGACUCGGAUAUGCUGCCUCCGCUGCCUGAACGUCUCCUCCAGGGAGGAGGCCUUCACGGACCUCUCGCUCGCCUUCCCCCCGCCCGAGCGCUGCCGCCGCCACCACCACCAUCACCACCACCACCGCCGCCGCCGCCUGGGCUCAGUGCUGCUCCCCGCGGAGGACGCCGGCGCCCAGGAGCCAGGCAGCGCCGGGCCUCCGCGGCAGAGGAAGCACUGCAUCACGGGGGGCGUCCCCCCCACCAUCCUGGACAUGGAAGGCCUGGGCCCCCACGGCCUCGGGGGGCAGAGCGGGCAGGAGGAGAAGGUGGAGAGGGGGGAGAGCACAGAGGAGGCGGCGGCGGCGGGAGAGGAGCAGGGGGAGGAGGAGAAGGCGGAGGCAGAGGAGAAGGUGAAGGAGAAGGAGGAGAAGGUGGAGGAGGAGAAGGUGGAGGAGAAGGUGGAGGAGGAGAAGGAGAAGGAGGCCCAGGAGGAGAAGGAGGCGGCGGCCGGCCCGGGCCCAGGGACCCUGCAGAGUGCUGCGGCCCCCUCCGGGGACGGCUCCCGCUCGGUCCUGGACCUGGUCAACUACUUCCUGUCGCCUGAGAGGCUGACGUCGGAGAACCGCUACCACUGCGAGUCGUGCGCAUCCCUGCAGGACGCCGAGAAGGUGGUGGAGCUGAGCCAGGGCCCGCGCUACCUCAUCCUGACGCUGCUGCGCUUCUCCUUCGACCUGCGCACCAUGCGGCGCCGCAAGAUCCUGGAUGACGUGUCCGUGCCCCUGCUGCUGCGCCUGCCGCUGGCCGGGGGCCGGGGCCAGGCCUAUGACCUGUGCAGCGUGGUGGUGCACUCGGGACUGUCCUCCGAAAGCGGCCACUACUACUGCUACGCCCGCGAGGGCGCCGCCCGCCCCGCCCCGGCGCCGGGAGCCGCCGGGCGGCCGGAGCCCGACAACCAGUGGUACCUGUUCAACGACACCCGGGUGUCCUUCUCCUCCUUCGAGUCUGUCAGCAACGUCACCUCCUUCUUCCCCAAGGACACGGCCUACGUGCUCUUCUACCGGCAGCGACCCGAGGAGGGGUCCGAGGCCGAGCCUGGCUCCCCCCGCCCCCGGGCAGAGCCCACCCUCCACAAGGACUUGAUGGAAGCCAUUUCUAAAGACAACAUUCUUUUCCUGCAGGAGCAGGAGAAGGAGGCGCGGAGCAGGGCGGCCUACAUCUCCGCACUCCCCGCGUCCCCGCACUGGCGGAGGGGCUUUGACGACGACAAAGAUGAGGACAAAGGCCCUCCCGGGGGCUGCAGCCCUGCAGGUGGCAGCGGUGGUGACUUCCACAGACUGGUCUUCUAA